AUGAACACCGUCCUCGACGACAAUAAGAAGCUCUGCCUGAACAGCGGCGAGAUCAUCAAGCUGUCGCCCGUGACGACGAUGAUGUUCGAGGUCGAGGACCUGGCGGUAGCGUCGCCAGCGACGGUGUCCCGCUGCGGUAUGGUCUUCUUGGAGCAGGUGGACAUUGGCUGGCGCGUGCUCCUCUGGUCCUGGUGCGAGAGGCUCCCGGAGCGCCUCCGGGAGAGCGCGGACACGAUCCAGGAGCUCUUCGAGGACACCGUGGACCCCCUGUGGGAGAUGGUGCAGCGCAAGGUCAGGCAGCCAGUGCCCGUGAGCCAGAACUGGCUGGUCUCGAACCUGCUGAAGCUGUACCUGGCCCUGCUGAGGCAAGAGCUGCCCCUGGACCCCGAGACCAAG